UCGUGCACCUUGACCUGUCUAGACUGGAGAGAAGUUUUUUUGUCCCGGUUACCAAGGGCGAGGGGUGCUCUUUGACCCUUAGAGCACUAGCUGUUGAGACCCUCACUAAGUAUGUAGGUAGUGUCUAAAUGUUUCUGCUGAAUUCUUGCUGAAUUCUGAAGGGAAAGGAACGGACAAAGACAUGGACCAGCUGUUCUAAAAUAAAGCUGAAAUAGUAGAACCUUGGAGAAGUUAAAUUGCAUUCCCUUAGCCCAGUCAGAGGCAUUCUUAACAGAAGUUUUGGAGACCGUAUGUGAGAGAAUGAAUGACUACAAACUUGAAGAUUCUGAGACCAGUACAAAGACGUUCAAGAGAUUUGCUCCAAGGAAAGGGGAUAAAAUAUACAAAGAAUUUAAACGAUUCUAUUUUUAUUCUGAUGCUUACAGACCUUUGAAAUUUGCGUGUGAAACUAUAAUAGAAGAAUAUGAAGAUGAAAUAUUCUCACUUAUCGCCCAGGAGGCAGACCAUCUAGCUGACAAGUUGUGCAGUGAAAAAUCAGAUCUUUGUGAUGCUUCUUCUACUAGUCACACUGAGCUUUAAGAAGAAUGAGCUACUAGUUACAAAGAGAAGUAAGGUGACAAUCCCUCCCCUCCCCCAAAGGUCAAUGACUGUGUUCUCUGUCGCUUCACGCCUUUCAUCACCAUAAUCAGUACUCAUGCCAUUGCCUUAAAUGUGUUUGCUAAGUUAUUUGAUGGUUAAAAUUGAGCAAAUUUUUAAAAAAUGAGAAAUGUAAUGAUGAAUUCAUUCCUCUAAAUAGUUUUUGAAGGUAAAGUUAUAGAGUAUCUGUGCCAUUUCUGUUGCUUUUGAUAAUGUGUGAUUUGGUAGAUAAAUGUUUUCUUGGAGGGUUGUGGGAGGAUGAUUAUCUGUAAGCACAAAUAAGAAUUUAAUAAGUUUUAGCAAAUUAUGCACGAUCAAUAGAUGUCUUUUGGUUAGAAUGAAACUUUACUCAAACAGCUGAUUGGAAAUAUGAAAUCAAGCAAUAAUUACUGGCAAAUAGUUUCUUAACCUUUCUAGCUCAGGGCUAAUAUUGUCUACCCUGAUUUUCAUAAGGGAUGAAUUUCAAUAACAUAAUUACCUUAAGCUUAUAAACUUUUUUUUAAAAAAAAGAAAGAAUAGAACAAAUCUAAAGUUAAUCAUUUUCGUUUACAACCAUAAUGGGGGUCAGGUCUUUGCUGUAAGUUUUAAAAUAUCCAAAUCUAAAUUCAAAUGAUAGAAAAAGUUUAUUUCUUGCUAAUUUCACAAUAUACUCUCAAAAGA